AUGUCACUUGAUUCGCCUUCCCUUUCCGAAUUAGACGCCAGCCCCCAAUCCCGUGCACAAGCGCCACAUUGCACAUGCACACCAUACCGUGCGCCAUCGUCCGAGUGUCUCGAUAGCCCGGCACAACCUCCAGGCUUGUCAUCCACCAAAAAGAUCACAACCAUUCAUCAUCUGCGCUCUCUGGUGCCUCAUUCUUACUGCAUUGGCAUCGACGUGGAGGGCAUCGAGGGGAUAGCGCAGGGUGUCACCUCAGUCGGCAUCUCCGUCCUGCCACCCGUCUUCUCCAUCUCCACGGCAUCAGAGUCAGGGGAUGGCUCAUGGCCAUGGCCCUUCCCGGAUCACCAUCAAGGACAGAUCGAUCUCGACACCAUGGCCUCUUACUACCGUCUGCAAUCUUACUGCUUUGCCGUUCUUGGCCGUAAGCGUGCCCGGUCUUACGAGCAUUUCCACUACGGCGAAGUGAUCCACCACCCCAUUACCCACCUCCAGUCCGCUGUGGUCGCAGUAUUCCAGUCCAUCCGCCUCCAAAAUCCUACGGCCCCUAUCAUCCUCAUCGGUUUCGACAUGGAGCUUGAACACCGUGCUAUCGACUCCGUCUUCCCUUUACUGGGAGACUAUGUUACGCACUUGUGUGAUAUUUCCCGCACCGGUCUUGCGGGUGCAAGAUGGGAAGACAAAAAGGAGUCUCACAAGACGCACCUCAAAAUCUCAUUGAGGGAUACCAUGCUAGCUGUCAACUUCAGACGUAACCAUGGGAUCCAGCCCCGGGCGAGGCACCACUCGGCUGGUAUGGAUGCUGUGCGUACGCUGGGGACAAUGCUCGCACUUGUGGCGAGGGCGCCAGAGGCUGGAGGCUUGGUGGUCAAAAGGUAUACGUGGGAAGAACACGGGAAUAGGAAGCUGUGGGAAUGGGUGCCGAGGCCUUCGGAUAAGUUUCCGUGGACAGUGAAACUUGAACCUGUGCCGAUAGACGGCGAGAGCGGAGCAGCGCACCUGCCCGAGUCCCUAAGCAGACCAGCACGCUUGUUCAACUUCGUGACCAGGAAUUUCGGGGAACCAAAAGCCGUAGCGGUCUGUCCACCGGCCAGGUCGGGGCCGUUGAAGACUCAUGGUUGGGUGAGUCUACAUAGUGAGGAAGAGAUGGAGAGAUUCGUGAAACACUGGAAUGGAAAGAUGGUUGUUGAUGGGGUAAUGUUGAAGGUUGGGGAGAAACCGCCUCCUGAGACCUCUCCCAAGAACCCAAGUAAGAAACUGAAGGGAGCUGAUUACCCAGUAAGCAAAGUGGAAGCACAAGGCUGGACCGAACACAAAGCGCCCACCGGGCACACCUACUACUACAAUGCCUCGACCAAAGAGUCAACCUACAAGCGCCCCGGUGUGGCCCCGACCCCUACUCCUCCAGCCGCCGCUUCUCCGUUCGGUCCUCCAUCCGCUUCGCCAGUUCCCGGCGCCCACCCGCUCGCCGCGGCGCCAGCAAACCCCUCCAUGAGCUACCUCCAACACCAAUCCGUUCCCAACCUCUCCGAUCCACGCGUUGCCAAUGCCUUUAUGGCGCAGAGGCAGAGUGGCAAUCAGCAGCAGCAGCAGCAAAAGCCCCGACCGCAGCCUACGGACAAGCCGAAAGCGAAGAUCGCCAUCCUCGGCUGCGAGCCGUGGUUCCUGGUUUACACAAAAUAUGGGAGGAGAUUUGCCUACAACCCGGUCAAGAACGCGAGUUACUGGCGGAUACCAGAGAAGAUCUUGCCCGCAGUGAUAGAGUUGGACAAGGAAAGGAUCAGGAGGAAGGCGGCUGGGGAGCCACCGCUUGAGGAAGAUCCAAAGUACAAGAGCCACGAGAAGAUGGAGGAAAAGGUGGAGGAGAAGGUUGAAGGCACAGGACAGCAGGGUCAAGAGGAGGCGCACGACUACGACAGCUCAGAAUACGAAGAAGUGGAAGUCACCGACGACGAAGGCGUAGACAACGACGACCCCGAACACCCCUCCAAGCGCCAGCACACCGAAAACGAAAACCAGGGGCCGGUCGAAUUUACAGAAGACGACUUCGCCGCUCAACUCGCCAUGAUGGAAGGCGGCGACGACAUGGAUAUCGACCAAGAAUACGAUUUUGCCGCACAAGAAGAAACCGUCGAGCCCCUCUCCGAUACCGACGCCCGCCUCCUCUUCCGCGACCUCCUCGCCGACUUCCGCAUAAACCCCUAUUCCCCUUUCCAAAAGCUGAUCGACGAAGGCGACAAAACCGGUGUCUUUUCCGACCCGCGGUACACCGUUCUCACAUCAAUGCGCGAGCGGCGGGAAGUCUACGACGAGUGGUCGUGCGAGGCCAUCCAAGCACUGAAAGAAGCCAGAGCCAAGGAAGAGAAGAAAGACCCUAGGAUACCAUACCUGGCUUUCCUACAGGAACACGCGACACCGAAGCUAUACUGGGCCGAGUUCAAGCGGAAAUACCGGAAAGAGGAGGUGAUGAAGGACUCGGCGCGUCACAGGAGCUUUAGCGACAAGGAACGAGAGAAGCUGUACAGGGAACAUAUCAACCGGUUGAAAAUCCCGCAGUCGCAGCUCAAGAGCGACCUGAAGAAGCUGCUGGAGAGUGUACCGCUCAGGCAGUUGAACAACCACUCUUCGGUGGCCAACCUUCCGAGCCAGAUCCUCGCAGACAUCCGGUAUAUCUCCCUCGACGCCAAGACUCGCGAUGAGUUCAUCGAGGGGUACAUCCAAGGUCUUGCGCCACCUCCAGAGGCGGAAAGUGCUGCGGGAGAAGAGGAGGAUGAGGUGCUAAGGAAGGCUAGAGGAGAGAGGAAGAAGAGAGAAAAGGCGUUGGAAGAGAGGGAGAAGAGGGUGGAAGAGGAGAAGAGAAGACAAGAAAAGAAGUUGGCGUUCGAGAGGGCGAGGCUAAGGGAGGAGGAAAGGGAGUUGCAGAGGGCUAUGGUUGUUGAUAAGAAGGGGUUGCAGAGUCAGUUGGGUGGUGGACCUGGGGCUGUCGGGGAGGCGCCGAAGGAGGAUGGAAUGAUGGAGGAGUGA